AUGUCGGUUAACGCACAAUUCGUCAAAAUCUAUCAUCCGCAGCCUCUGCACCUUGAGCGCUACCACAUGUCAACGUCGUCGAGCAGCUUCGGCGGAAAUUCGGUUCGCAAACAAAUUCUGCCGCUAAAGCCAAAAAUGACGAACAACGUCCAAGUGCAGCGUCUCGAAUAUAAAUCCAAAAAAGUUGAUGUCCCAGUCACCAAUUUGGAGCUCAAGAAGGACAAGCAGAGGAACGAGAAAAAUAUAGUAACGACACUAGCUUAUCGAAAACCAGCUAUUCGCAACAUCGAGACUUCCAUUGGUGAUUGUGGGCAUAGAAUGCGUCGUCCUGGAUCACCAUCAUCGUCGGGAUAUGAAACCGAUCCUACCGAAAAUGAUAAUCAGGAGAAUUUCGAUAAUUACUCGGCGUAUUCUGGAAGCUUCUGCAAUUUCAUCAAAAAUCAUGUUCACAAUCAUGGACUUGAUAUGCUUCACAGUCAUCCGGUUUGGGGACCUGUUUCGGAUGUUUACUCGUUUAAUAACAACAACAAUAACAACAGCAACCCCACUUAUGAGCAUUAUGGUAAUGAGAAUCAUCGUUCAUUCUUGUUGUAA